CUGUCGAAUCAGUCACAUCUGCAGUAAAUAAGGUAAAACUCCUGAGAUGACGUGCUAAUUGUUUAUCCCCAGUUAACAUGCAUCCCAAGAUCCGGAUAGGACAGCGUUGCAGUGUCCUAUAGUUGCGAAGUCCCGUAAUAAAUGCGUCCGGAGUCCAAUCUCGUGAAUGAACACAGCGCUUGGAGCCAGGCUGGUUUGUAAAGGGCCGGUUUGGUUCAGUGUGUUUGAGGAUGCCCCGCUACUAGAGUCAUUACGGCAGGAGGGAGCCAAAGCUUGCUGGUAAUUACCCAGUAAACGGAUUGGAGGUCGGUUAGAGAAAGGGAGAGACUCUCCAUUUGGUCUAAAGCUUCAUGGCAGCAUCUGUCAUCUGUCCAAAUAAAAGAGACCGCUACUAGUCCCGUUACCUGCCUGCAUGCCGACGUGAAGUCAUCCCGGAGGACACAGGUGUGUAUUGGGACUUGGUCUCUCAGGGUAGCGGUCUACCAGGGAGGCAGUAUCCAUGGUAACCAGUAAAGUGAGGCGUGGUGACUAGGUGCCUCACCUACUGCAGAUGACUGGGACGUGGUGCUCUGGCAUGUGAUGGCGUCCAAGGUCCGAGAUGCUGUGCUGUGGUACCAGAAGAAGAUUGGUGCGUAUGACCAGCAGAUAUGGGAGAAGUCUGUGGAGCAAAGAGAAAUCAAGUUUAUUAGAUUGGGUCUGAGGAACAAGCCGAAGAAGACCGGCCACGUGAAGCCCGACCUCAUCGAUGUAGACCUGGUCCGAGGGUCUGCGUUUGCGAAGGCGAAGCCGGAGAGCCCCUGGACAUCUCUGACCCGUAAGGGGCUGGUCAGGGUGGUGUGUUUCCCCUUCUUCUACCGCUGGUGGUCACAGGUCACCUCACGAGGAAUAUUCCUGCUGCUGCUGGGACUCUACCUGCUACAGGUGCUGGUGGCGGUGCUGUAUGUGUGUGUGUCGGAGGCAGACGCGCGGGCGGUGCCAGUGACGGAGGUGUUUGGCGGCUCGUGGCUGAUGCUGCUCCUUGGGACGGUCCACUGCCAGAUCGUCUCCACACGGACGCCCAAACCGUCGCCUAGCAACAGUGGCAGGAGGCGCAGGAGACUGAGGAAAGCGGCCCACCUGGAGUCCCAUAGAGAGGCGGACGGCUCUAGCACUACUGAUAACACCCAGGAGGGGGCGCCACUCAGCUCGGGCUCUGUCCACUCCUCUCGUCUGUCCACUCUCCUCACAGGCCUCUGGCAUGACCUCUUUACACACGGGUCGAAGCGCUCGAAGAUGUCCAUCGAUAAGUCCACGGAGACAGACCACGGAUACGUCUCGCUGGACGGACGAAUCACCAGCAAGAGUAGCGAGGAGGGCCUGCAGCUCAACCCCGACACACACACACACUCACGCACACACACACACACUCACACACACACACACACACACCCCGAGCUGCUGCACCCAGACGAACCCUGCUGGGGCACCCUGGGACCCCGAAACAACCUUCUCCUGCCGCCACUCAGCAAGUGUGUUCCGGAGUCGCUGCUCCCUCGUGAGGCGGAGAACAUCUCAGACGAGGCGUCCAGCGAAGAGGAUCCAGAACAUUCCUACAGCACCCUCCGCAGGGGAGUGGAGAGACUGACCAGCGAGUGCUCACUCCGCCACCGCAAGACACACUCCUUCAAGAAACACUACAACCCUGAGGAGCAGAAGCAGUCGGGGACGAGCUGCAGCUCGCGGUGUUCCAGCCUGCGCACGGCGGACUCGGAGAGCACGCGGCACGAGUCGGAGACGGAGGAUGUGCUGUGGGAGGACUUCCUGCACUGCGCUGAGUGCCGCUCCUCCUGCAGCAGCGAGACCGAGCCAGAGGGGGGCGCCCUCAACAACGCCAGCAGCACCAAGAAGGAGUACAGGGACGACCCCUUCCACCAGGGGCACGUGCCAUGGCUCCACUCCACCAACCCCGGGUUGGAGCGCGUUAGCGCCAUCGUGUGGGAGGGCAACGAGUGCAAGAAAGCAGACAUGUCCGUCCUGGAGAUCAGUGGCAUGAUCAUGAACCGGGUGAACCUGCAGACUCCGAGCAUCGGGUACCAGAUGUUUGGGAACCUGGUUGCCGUGGCGCUGGGCUUGACGCCGUUUGCGUAUCGGCUGUGCCAGUGCCGCGAGCUGGACUCGCUCACCAACCUGACGCUGGGCGAGCUCGUGUCCGCCGCCUUCGGCUCCAACGACCCCACCGUCAUCACCAUGGUGACGCUCAGUCUGGUGGUGCGCGCUUGUCUCACCUGGCUCUUCUUCUUCCUGCUCAGCGUCGCCGAGCGCACCUACAAGCAGAGGCUGCUCUUUGCGAAGCUCUUUGGUCACCUGACGUCCGCGCGUCGGGCCAGAAAGUCUGAGGUUCCACACUUCCGCCUCAAGAAGGUCCAGAACAUCAAGAUGUGGCUCUCCCUCCGCUCCUACCUCAAGAGGCGCGGUCCUCAGAGGUCGGUGGAUGUGAUCGUCUCAUCAGCCUUCUUACUCACCCUCUCUGUGGUGGUUAUCUGCUGUGCACAGCUGCUGCAUGUGCACGAGACGUUCCUGGACUGCCACUAUAACUGGGAGCUGGUGAUCUGGUGCUCCUCUCUCUCUCUGUUUCUGCUCCGCUUCAUCACGCUGGGCUCCGAGACCAGCAAGAAGUACAGCAACACCUCCAUCCUGCUGACCGAACAGAUCAAUCUGUACCUGAAGAUGGAGAAGAAACCAAACAAGAAGGAGGAGCUGACGCUGGUCAACAACGUGCUUAAGCUGGCCACCAAACUACUCAAGGAGUUGGACGCCCCGUUCCGGCUGUACGGUCUGACGAUGAACCCCCUGCUCUACAGUAUCACUCAGGUGGUCAUCCUGUCCGCUGUGUCCGGGGUCAUCAGCGACCUGCUGGGCUUCAACCUGAAGCUCUGGAAGAUCAAGUCGUGACAGUGAGCCUGCAGGCCCCAGCGGCUCCUGCUAUGGACAGUUCUCUCUCCUGACCACCUGGGGGCGAAGCUGCCUCUGGUCUGACCAGCCCCUGGGUUCCUGACAUAUCGAUCGGAGUGCUCACAUUUCACUUGUGCAAUUCCCAUAUUUAUUAUUUACCCCUCAGUGUUCAGGCCCUCUGGGUUUAGCCGUGUGUGUUUUACAGUGUCGUGUUAGCUAGAGCUUUGUGUUGCCAUGGGCAACAGGAGACACUGCAAGAAGACAAACAAACAACAAAUGCUGACAUUUGGAAAAGAAGGCAAUUUUGUAUACUGAA